AUGGCUAAACUUGUGCAUGAUGUCCAGAAAAAGCAGCAUAGAGAGCGCUCUCAACUAACUAGCCGUACCAGAUAUGGGUUUUUAGAGAAGCACAAGGAUUAUGUGAAACGUGCUCAAGAUUUCCACAGGAAACAGUCCACUUUGAAGGUUCUCAGAGAAAAAGCAAAAGAGAGAAACCCAGAUGAAUACUACCAUGCUAUGCAUUCAAGGAAAACAGAUACUAAAGGGCUGCUCAUCAGCUCACGUCACGGUAACGAAGAAGAUGAGUCUCUUUCCAUGGAUCAAGUCAAAUUACUCAAAACGCAAGAUAGUAAUUAUGUGAGGACGUUGAGGCAAAUAGAGUUGAAAAAACUGGAGAAAGGAUCGAAACAGUUAAUGUUCAAAAGCAGUGGGAAUCAUACAAUAUUUGUCGACUCUCGAGAGAAGAUGGAGGACUUCGCCCCGGAAAAGUUUUUCAAUACCACCUCUGAAAUGGUGAAUAGGUCUGAAAAUAGACUAACUAAGGACCAAUUAACCCAAGAAAUUUUAAACAAUAAGAACGCUUCAUCGAUAAUGCCCAAGGAAUCAUUAGACAAGAAGAAAUUAAAAAAGUUCAAGCAAGUCAAGCAGCAUUUACAGAGGGAAACUCAAUUGAAACAGGUCCAACAGAGAAUGGAUGCUCAAAGAGAACUGUUGAAAAAAGGUUCCAAGAAAAAAAUCGUAGAUCCCUCAGGAAAUACUUCGUUUAAAUGGAAGAAGCAACGGAAACGUUAA